AUACUCGGUGUUUCAAUAUGGCAUCUGAGCAUAAAAGCCAAAAGGCAUCAGAGGAAAAAAAGCUGGAGUUGAGGCUCGGUCCUCCAGGAGAAACAUUCCUUGGUUACAAGACCAAUCCCACCACUCAUGGAGCUAAAAGAGUACUUCAACACCCUGUUGGAGCAAAAACAUCAGAGGGAAACUGGUUUACGGAUACUAAUGUAAAGCAAUGCAAGAAGUUCUCAUGUUAUCAAGAAGAAGCUGAAAAGGUAUUCUCUUCCCCAUGGUUAAGUAGCUCUUUACAUUCUUCAUCGUUUCACAGGGAGGCCAAGAAGGAGUUACAGAAGCCCAAGCCUUCAUUUCUCCAGUGCUCUAAAGUUGAAGAGUUACAGUACCCAGAUAAGAUGGCAUGUUCUCCCCCUGCUAGUGCUUCAUUUUCUGUCACCACAGAUGGGGCCAACAGCUGUCAUAAAAGAUGCGCACUUGCAACAGUAGUUGGGUGGCCUCCAAUCCGGUCAUUCAGGAAAAAUAUUGCAAGUAGCAGUACUUCAAAGAUGGUAUCUGAGUUACCAAAUAAAACUCCAGAAGAAGGGAGCAGCUUAAAGGCUGACAGUUUCAGGAAUGAUUUGUUUGUAAAGAUCAAUAUGGAAGGAGUCCCUAUUGGAAGAAAAAUAAACCUCAAUGCCUAUGACAGUUAUGAGAAACUCUCUGUUGCCAUAGAUGAGCUCUUCAGAGGUUUUCUUGCAGCUCAAAGAGAAACUUGUGAUCCUAUGGAUGAAAACAAGAUGGAUGAAGCGAAGGAAAAUGCAAGUUCAGUUUCUGGUAGCAGGGAAUAUACUCUCGUUUAUGAGGACAAUGAAGGUGACAGGAUUCUUGUUGGAGAUGUUCCUUGGCAUAUGUUUGUAUCUACAGCGAAGAGACUGCGCGUACUGAAGAGCACUGAGAAAGUUUCAGUUGGUAUCAAUAAGCAAGAAAAGACCCCACCUAGUUGUGCAGUAGAACUUGGAAGAUGAGGUUUUGAGUGGAGAAUGAAAUCUUCAAGUGGGGAAAUUUCCAUAGAAUGAAGCCUGACUUGGAUUUCCCAAAUGACGUCAAGUGGCAAUCCUUUCAUAAAGAGUAUACCUUCCUUUUAUUUCCUGAUGCUGAAGAAGAAAAUUGCAAACUUCCCUUGUCUGUCACCACUUGGGGAGCCAAAUGAGCCUCAGUUUUUGUAAAAUAAGUAGCCUGUUCAACCUUUGUAGAAUAAGUAAUUUGUGGAUGCAAAAAUACUUUGACAGUAUCUUGUGAUGUAUGUACAUGUAUGGGUUCAUUUUCAGUCUAGUUUCUUCAUGGGGUUGAUGGGACCUGGAAAACUUAGCAGUUCAACCAAGAUUGAUUUAAUUCCUCCACAGUGUUCAUCAAAAUGUAACGUGAUUCAGGAAAAGGCAGGAGGCUCUGUGAAUUCGACAGAAUGGAAGCAAUGACCCAACUAAUGGUGCUAAAACUGGAAUACAAGAAAGGAAGUGAAUCACUCAAUGCAAGAUAUUAAUGUGUCUUCUAGUAUCCUCACGUGUUUACUCGGAAGAUCAAGCAGUCUGUACUCCUCAAAUGGUGUUAUUGGUGCAAAUUACCAAGCACAUCGUAGUGGAUCUUCUGCUGGCGUAGGAUAAUUUCAUGUGAUGUCUUGUCCUGUCCUUCGCUAUCCUGUGUAUGCAUAAAAUGCUCCCUUGUGUUCACCUUUGCUUAGGAUUUAUAGAUUAUUUUCCCCCUGUUGUAUCCUUCUUAAGGCGAGUUUGACUUUGUGUGCAAUUACUGUUCUUAAUGAACUAUGGACUGUUUUACUUUU